UACGUGAAGGCAACAUCAGGUCCGUUCAGGAGUGCCAACGGUUCGAAUGUAGUUUGCAGCCAAGAGGGCCGUUUUCACUUCGCUGACGGCUUUUGUGGGUGUUUUUCGUAAAGUGUUUGAUCCGGAUUCUCUGUUUCCUACCCCGUAAAGGCCAGCAGUCAUCAUGGCGGAGGCCCACCAGGCCGUGGCCUUCCAGUUCACCGUCACCCCGGAGGGCAUCGAUCUGCAGCUGUCCCAUCAGGCCCUCACCGAGAUCUACCGCUCAGGCCUCCGCUCCUGGAAGAAACGUAUCAUUAGACUCAAGAACAGCGUGAUCACGGGAGUGUAUCCCGCCAGCCCGUCCUCGUGGCUCUUUGUGGUCAUUGCCAUCCUGGCCACAAUGUACACUCGCUCCGACCCUUCCAUGGGACUCAUAGCCAAGAUACAGGAGCACCUGCCCGUCAGCCAGUCCAUGAGCAGCCAAUGUCAGACGGUGGUUUCGGCGGUGCUCUUCAGCACGCUGCUGUGGCUCCUUCUCAUCUUCACCAUGCGCCUGUGCCUCAAGCAGCUCCUCUCCUACCACCGCUGGAUAUUCGAGCAGCACGGCAAGAUGUCCACCACCACCAAAGUCUGGGUGGCACUGGUGCGCAUCUUCUCUGGCAGAAAGCCUCUGCUCUACAGUUACCAGGGCUCGCUGCCAAACCUGCCUGUGCCGGCCAUUAAGGACACGCUCAAGCGGUAUUUGGAGUCCGUGCGUCCGCUGAUGGAUGACACCGAAUACGAGCGGAUGACCAAACUGGCCGGCGAAUUUGAGAGCCGCCUUGGAAAUCGCCUGCAGUGGUACCUCAAACUCAAAUCCCUCUGGGCCGCCAACUAUGUCAGCGACUGGUGGGAGGAAUAUGUCUAUUUGCGCGGAAGGAGUCCUAUUAUGGUCAACAGUAACUAUUACGGAAUGGACUUCCUGUACGUGACCCCCACCCCCAUCCAGGCAGCCAGAGCCGGCAACACCAUCCACGCAAUGUUCCUGUACCGCCGCAAGCUCAACCGAGAGGAGCUCAAACCUAGUCGUAUACCUGGCACUGUCAUUCCUGUGUGUGCAGCUCAGUGUGAGAGGAUGUUCAACACCACACGCACUCCUGGAGAGGAGACGGACACAGUGCAGCACUGGCAGGAUAGCGACUACGUUGCCGUAUACCAUCGAGGACGCUACUUUCGGCUCAGGGCGUACCAGGCGGGCAGACUGCUUUCCCCCAGGGAGAUCGAAUUCCAGAUUCAGAAGAUCCUUGAUGACCCUUCCCCACCCUGCACGGGAGAAGCCAAACUUGGCGCCCUGACCGCUGGCGACAGAAUUCCGUGGGCGCAAGCCAGGAGCAAGUACUUCAGCAGCGGCAUCAACAAGCGCUCACUGGACUGCAUCGAAAAAGCCGCCUUCUUUGUGGCCCUCGACGACGACGAGCAGGGCAUGACGGGAGACGACCCGUCGGGGAGUCUGGACCGCUACGCUAAGUGCCUGUUGCACGGCAAAUGCUACGACAGGUGGUUCGAUAAGUCUUUCUCGGUGGUCUUCUUCAAGAAUGGUAAAACCGGUAUCAACGCCGAGCACUCGUGGGCCGACGCGCCGGUGAUCGCGCAUCUGUGGGAGUACGCUGUGGCCACCGACUGUUUCCAGCUAGGUUACAACAGCGAAGGUCACUGUAAAGGCGAUGUGGACCCUUCACUAGCAGAACCUCUAAAGCUCACGUGGAAAAUACCUCCAGAGUGCGAGGAUCAGAUCUCUCAGUCCCUGGCGGUGGCCCAAUCCCUGGCUGACGACAUCGAUUUCCACGUGAUAUCUUUCCGGGACUUCGGCAAGGGAAAGAUCAAGAAAUGUCGAGUCAGUCCUGACGCCUUCAUCCAGGUGGCUCUUCAGUUGGCCUAUUUCAGGAAUCGCCAAACGUUUUGCCUGACCUAUGAGGCCUCCAUGACCCGUCUGUUCAGGGAAGGCAGGACCGAGACAGUUCGCUCCUGCAGCAAUGAGAGCAGUGCCUUUGUCAAAGCGCUAGAGGGCGGAGAGUCAGCAGACGUAUGCAGGCGUCUGUUCCGCACAGCAUCCGAAAAGCACCAGAACCUUUGCCGCAUGGCGAUGACCGGCGCCGGCAUCGACAGACACCUCUUUUGCCUCUACAUCGUGUCCCAGUACCUCGGAGUCGAGUCGCCUUUCUUGAAAGAGGUCUUGUCCGAGCCCUGGAGACUGUCCACCAGUCAGACGUCCAUCCAGCAGGUGGAGCUGUUUGACCUCGUGAACCACCCAGAGUACAUUUCCUGCGGUGGAGGCUUUGGUCCGGUGGCCGAUGACGGUUACGGGGUGUCGUACUACAUUGUGGGAGAGAGCCUGAUUAACUUCCACAUCUCCUGCAAGCACUCCUGUCCCGACACCGGCGCCCAUAAGUUUGGUGCUCAGAUCAAAAAAGCCUUGCACGACCUGCUGGAGCUGAUGACCCCAGGCCAAAAAGAGCCCAUCAAAAGCGAGGCGAGGGGACCCGAGAUCAAGAAGGACCUGUAGCCGCGUCCUCGGUGCGGAGAAAAGGGAUCCACGAAGGGAAGACGUUUGAGUUACUGAUGGAGGGAAGUCCGGGCAUGUUCUCAUGUUUCGGAGCAUCGAAGAAGCCACUAAAACUAAGCAGCCAGCUCAGGAGACAGCUCAGUUGAGGAAAAUCAGGAGAAGUGAGCUGAUGUUAUGACCACAUAGAUUUAAUAUUUGUCAGGGUUGUUGACAGAAUAACAUGUCAUUCAGUUCCACUAGUGAGUAAUACUCUUUGUUUUAAAGUUGUAUUUAUCUCAACAGUUACUAUAAGCUUUUACUUUGUAUAAGGGCAUGUUCAUGUUUUCAUUAUUAUUGAUUAUCGAUUAUUUGCGCCGCUGCCUGGACAACACACACACACACACGUGGUCAUUAACGUACACAACCAGUAUGACAACCUGAAACAUUCCUUCACUUGCCUUGCACUACAGUCAAAUGUUGUGGUUCUUUGUUCUGCGCCAAAGGUUUUUGUCUUUCAAAUGCAUGCCGGGCAUUUGAAAUGAUGGUUAAGCACGUUUGCUCCAUGUGUCAAUGUUUUUGGAUUUUUUUUUUUUUUUUUUUUUUAAAUCGCUCUUGUCCUUGAUAAGCACCAUAACAAUGCAACAUCUAUUUUUAAGCUUGUGUAGGUCGGAUGUGGUUACGCGAAACAUGGAGAUUGAUUUGUUUCCUUUUCCCCCCACAGGCUCACUGUUAUAUUGCUUUUAUUUGAAUUUUUAAUGCAAUAUUGCAAGAUAACAUAAAGACGUUCUAUAAGAAAUAA